GUUUUACACUUGAGUGGAAGGGCAUACUGGAACACGCUGUAGUUCCCAAAUCACCAUGGCAGCAUCGCACCAGAAUACCAGGAGCCCAGUGAGGGAAGGAGUUGUUGGCUUUAUGUUGGGAGCAGUGGGGGGAUGCGCACUGGGAGUUACAGAGACACCAGCUGACCAGGCCAUGGCUGAGAUCAUUACAGGGUCACUAUUGAAGCCAAUCACAGAUGGUGUGAAGACUGUGGGCCCUCUGGGGCUGGGGACUCUACUGGGAGCGACUGCAAUAACUUCAGCAAUGACGACAGCCAUAGCAGGUGUGAGUGGAGCUGCCUUAGCUGCUUUGCUGCUCAUAAGGUUAAAGAGUAAUGGGGUGGCGGGUCUAGGAGGGUUUGAGUGGCUCACUGCUGGGCUGGUUGCAGCCCUGAGCACCACAGCCUGUGGAGCGGCACUCGGGUUCGCCAUAGAGCACCUCACCCGCAAGUCUGGAAUAGUGGCAUUACUCUGGGCUCUGGGGAUAUUCACCAUACUGAAGAUGCUGGUUCACGUGUCCGUGCAGCUGACAUGCAGGGAGAUGGAGAGUCACAGUCUCCUGCAGCUCAGCACCGGGGCCCAGGAGUGGGAGCAGAGCAGACUGGAAGCCAUGGAGGCCGAGCAGAGAGAGAGAGUGACGGUGGAGAUCGAACAGAGGAUCAUUGCUUUGGAGACCAAGAAUGGGGAGGAGGGGCCCGAGCACAGAGCUGCCUGGGAGGCCCACCGGCAGGAGAGAGAGGAAAUGGAGAGGCUGCGGAAGGAGGCGGGCGAGCAGAGGACGGUCCAGCAGCGCCUGACGAAUCUUAUGCCAAAAUAUGUGGAAUAUUUGGCCUUCUCCGGGAUUCCGAUGACGGUGACUGCAGUUGUGACUGCUGGCUUUGGGAUCUUUGGAUAUGGAGAGUACCGAUUUGUGUUUGUCAUCCUGUUAACUCUGGUGCUUUGCAUGGCCUUCAUGCUAAUGAGGUCAAUGCAUUUACACUUCUGGAUGUUCACUGGCUGCGUAGGAAUGUUUGCCACGUUUGCCACUGCUGUGCUGACGGUGCAUGCGGGACAGGAGGCUGCAGGGUUGGCUUUAAGGAUGCAGCAGGUGGGACAGAUGCUGAGUAAUGAAACCAUCGUGGUUCAGAUGGACCACAGAUCAUCGCUAGAGGCCAUAGCAGCUGGCUUCUUUGUGUCAAAAGUGUGUCAAGUUGGCUUAGGGGCUACUGUUGGAGGUCCACUGAAUCCGAAGGUUUUGGACAAAGCCAUAGUGGGAGGAUGUGUGGCAACGGUAGCUAUUCUUUCAAUAGUUGAGGCCUCAUCUGUGAUUCUUGGGGUUGGUGGGGUGACAGGGGCAUUACUGGGGGCUGUAGGUGCAGCUGGUUUGUCUCUGGGGGCAGCUGCAGCUGUAGCAGUUCAGUGCUCCUCAUGGGCAGGAACAAUAAGCACUACAGCUGGAAUGCUCUUUGCUGCUUUAGCCAUUGGAAAGUGGAACAUUGUUAACACUGGGCUGCAUGUGCUUGUUGCCUACAUGUUUGCGAUGAUAAACCCUUAUUGA